AUGAAAUGGAAUGGAAUAGAACAAAGGAGAAUAGUUAACAUACUUGCAUUAAGAACUGCAGAGUAUGAGGAUAAUGAUAAGGUAGUGCUAAAGGUUCUUGAUGGUUUUCUGGUCAAAAUAUAUUUUCAUCCUGAAGGAUCCUUUAAGACGUGGAUGAAAACUUUUCAGGCAAAUGAUUUCAACGUGAAAGUGAAGAACAUCCAAAAACUAUUACACUGCUUGUCCCAGUUGGUAUCAACGCGGCGACUUUUAUCACAGAAGAGGAAUUGUCAAACCAUCACGAUCAUUGUUCGUCAUCUAUCGAUCUAUAAAUCAACAGCAUCAGAAAUCAGCAUUUUAAACCAUCUUUCAUUGAUACCGUCAUAA